UGUGAGCUCCCUGACCAGCUGCUGUUCACUCUCAUCCCACAUCUGCCCAAAGUCCAAGACCUGGAUCUGAGCCACAACAAGAUCACCGAUGCUUCCACCAGCGUGUUGCUCCAGCUGGUCGCCACCAACCCCUCCAUUAAGGCUGUGCGACUCUUCGGGAACGACAUUGUGGACAGAACACCCUUUCAGACUAACAAGUGGUUUGAAAUAUGGUGAACUGGUCAUCGGUGUGGUCGUAAUGUGCCGACCAGUCACUGUUUCCUGUUUAAUGACGAUUACAUGACAGCAUUACUGGAGUACAAGUACUGAUACUGUGUCAGUAGUUUACUGACGUCUGGGUAGACUUUGCACAUGAUGAAUUUCUUUUUAUUUCAGGAUUAAAAUCAUAAUCAUCAUGAAUUAUCUCCUGUUCUUGAGAUACUGUAGAUUUUUCCUUCAUGGUGCUCAUGUUUAUGAUGAACAGUCUGUGAUAAUUCUCAUUUUACUCACCACAUUGUUCUAUUGGUAUCACUUAUUUAAUUAUGUUCUAUUGUGGCAGAACAAGUGUCAUGAGGAGGCCUAGGUUAUUUUUGCAUUUUAUGAUAACGAUAUUCUGGGAUGCAAAGCAUAGAUGGUGUCUGAAUAAAGGUUCAGGAUAAAACCAUGUUCAGUACUUUGAGAUAACAGUAAAUUAUCUCAAGAAAAUGAUCUUUAAAAUGUAAAUAUAUUGUUUUCAGUGAGAUUUUCAUUCAGUGAUGGGGGAGAUGAUGCUUGUUUCCUCUGCUUGUUCUCUCUUUUUAUGAUCAUUUUUGAGCUUUUCAUCAGUAAAACACCUCAUUUCGUGUAAAAUGUGCAGUAAUCAGUGUUUUCUUUGACUGGAAUCACAGACCUGGUGCAGGAGGUCCAGGUGAACAUCUGUAUUAACCAGCAUCCAGCUGAGUGACUUUGACUCAUGUGAGAGCCAGUUUCCACCAGCAGCACAAACACAGUCACUGUUGUGAAAACUGUGUCUUCAUUUAGGCUCAAAACCUGUCUGUCUUCUCAGGCCUCUGAACAGUGUGAGUGCAGGCAUGUAUCGGGAUGUGGAGUGUGCUUCUUGUUCAUGUUGAUGUCUCACUGUGUUGCGCAUGCGUCAAGUUGUUCUGUCUCUUUAAAUGUAAAGCACAUUGUGUGUCUUUCAACAGAAAUGUGCUCUGUAAAUAUUUGCUCACUGCGAAGGAAGGUUUUCUGUUUUUUUAGUCAGAAUAAAAUGUAUGCAGACGAUCUUUGACGUACAUCUGGCACAACGUGAGCUCAGGGGUGUAUCGUGAGACUGACCGUUUGAACAGGUGCAUUGUGGGUAGCGGUCUCUGACGCCACUUCUGUCCGAAAAUCACAGCUAAAAUGCUUGUCGAGGUCGACGAUAAAUAAGCUAUUAAUUUAUAGAUAAACAUCCCCCCCGAGGUCGUUCGGACGGACUGUAACAUGGAGGCUGGUGAAGGUAAAGAACGACUUUAUCGAGCUACGUUAGCUAGCGGAGGGGAUGCUAAUGCUAGUGGGUACAGUUAGCUUGAACUGCUAAUGCACAUAUGAACGUAUCUGCGGUUAGCUGUGUAACGUCUGUCAGCAAAAAAAAAUGAGCGAUACAGCAAGUGAAAGGCUGCUGUUUUCAACUAUUAGGCGGAGCGGGGGGUUAAUUAAACCACAAGAGAACAUUUAUCUGAGCCACCACCGGCAAACUGCAGGGGUAAAGAUGCCAGUCAACAGUCCUGGACCUGGUCCUGGUGCAGUUAUUUCAGUCACGCUUAAAUGACAAACCUGUGUCGCUCCAGCCUCUGAAUGAGAAAAUAUUUUUCUGUCUUUGAUAGAAUUUUCAGCAGAAUUUACGUGUGUUUGGACUGUUGGCUGUGUAAAAAUCCACCUAUUAACGUCACCUUUUCCCCAUUUUUUUGUUAUUUCAUAAACUGUUUCAGCUCUCAGAUCAGUCAGUGAAGGCAGUUGCAGCUCUUCUGCGUUUAGCCCAUCAGGCCUUCGUUAUGUGUUAUUCUACAUUUGUCCUCAAAUGAUCCAAUUAUAAUUUCUGCAAAAUAUAAGAAAUCAUCAGGUGUAGGUGUGUCAUGGAAAUCAACAGCUUGUGUUGGAACACAAACAAGCAGCAUCUGGACUGUCGAGCAAACCACGUGAUGGCACAGGAAGCAGCGAGGCUGCUGGGAAAUGAAGUCUUCAUUGGAGAAACACAAACAUGAAGGACACUUUUUGUGUGUCAGCAGCGCCACGCCCACAGAGGAGAUGAACGGAGCUGGAAACUUGAUGGACUUCCUGGACGAGCCGUUUCCUGAUGUGGGCACGUAUGAAGACUUCCACACCAUCGACUGGCUGAGGGAGAAAUCCAGAGACACAGACCGCCACCGCAAGAUCACCAGUAAGAGUAAAGAGUCCAUCUGGGAACUGAUCAAGAGCCUGCUGGACGCCUGGUCAGGAUGGGUGGUGAUGCUGCUCAUCGGACUGCUCUCAGGUACGCUGGCUGGAGUGAUCGACCUGGCGGUGGACUGGAUGACAGACCUGAAGGAAGGCGUGUGUCUGUCGGCCUUUUGGUACAGCCACGAGCAGUGCUGCUGGACGUCCAACGAGACGACCUUCGACGACCGAGACAAGUGUCCGCAGUGGCAGAAGUGGGCCGAGCUGAUGACCGGCCACGCUGAGGGCGCCGGAGCGUACGUGUUGAACUACUUCCUGUACGUUCUGUGGGCUCUGCUGUUUUCCUUCCUCGCGGUGUCUCUGGUGCGAGUGUUCGCUCCGUACGCCUGCGGUUCAGGAAUCCCAGAGAUCAAGACGAUCCUCAGCGGCUUCAUCAUCCGGGGCUACCUGGGGAAAUGGACCCUGCUGAUCAAGACGGUCACCCUGGUCCUGGCGGUGUCGUCGGGUCUCAGCCUGGGGAAGGAGGGCCCUCUGGUCCACGUGGCCUGCUGCUGCGGGAACCUCUUCUGCAGCCUUUUCUCCAAGUACAGCAAGAACGAGGGCAAGCGGCGAGAGGUGCUGUCAGCGGCAGCAGCGGCUGGGGUGUCGGUGGCCUUCGGAGCGCCCAUCGGAGGAGUUCUGUUCAGCCUGGAAGAGGUCAGUUACUACUUCCCUCUCAAGACUCUGUGGCGUUCGUUCUUCGCCGCCCUGGUCGCCGCCUUCACGCUGCGCUCCAUCAACCCGUUCGGCAACAGUCGUCUGGUUCUGUUCUACGUGGAGUACCACACGCCAUGGUACAUGGCCGAGCUCGUCCCCUUCAUCCUGCUGGGCGUGUUCGGCGGCCUCUGGGGGACCCUCUUCAUCCGGGCCAACAUCGCCUGGUGCCGGCGGAGGAAGACCACCCAGCUGGGGAAGUACCCGGUCCUGGAGGUCAUCGCCGUGACGGGCAUCACCGCCGUGCUGGCGUUCCCCAACCCGUACACCCGCCGCAGCACCAGCGAGCUCAUCUCCGAGCUCUUCAACGACUGCGGCGCGCUGGAGUCGUCGCAGCUCUGCGAUUACAUAAAUAACCCCAACAUGAGUCGGCCGGUGGACGACAUCCCAGACCGGCCGGCGGGGCCCGGGGUCUACAACGCUCUGUGGCAGCUCGCCCUCGCUCUCGUCUUCAAGAUCGUCAUCACCAUCUUCACCUUCGGCAUGAAGAUCCCGUCAGGUCUCUUCAUUCCCAGCAUGGCGGUCGGAGCGAUCGCAGGACGGAUCGUCGGGAUCGCCGUGGAGCAGAUGGCGUACCACCACCACGACUGGAUCAUCUUUAAGAACUGGUGCCGACCCGGCGCAGACUGCGUCACCCCUGGACUGUACGCCAUGGUGGGAGCCGCCGCCUGUUUGGGCGGGGUGACCAGGAUGACCGUCUCCCUGGUGGUCAUCAUGUUCGAGCUCACCGGCGGUUUGGAGUACAUCGUCCCCCUGAUGGCCGCCGCCGUCACCAGCAAGUGGGUGGCGGACGCCUUCGGGAAGGAGGGAAUCUACGAGUCGCACAUCCAGCUCAACGGCUACCCCUACCUGGACGUCAGGGACGAGUUCACCCACCGUACGCUGGCCACCGACGUGAUGCGGCCCCGCAGGAACGACCCCCCUCUGGCCGUCCUCACCCAGGACACCACCACGGUGGAGGACGUGGAGACGCUGAUCAAAGACACCGAUUACAACGGCUUCCCGGUGGUCGUGUCCAGAGAGUCGGAGAGGCUCAUCGGCUUCGUUCAGCGCCGGGACCUCACCCUCGCCAUCAAAAACGCCCGUCAGAAGCAGGACGGCGUGGUGAGCAGCUCCGUGGUCUACUUCACAGAGGACGCGCCGCAGCUGCCGGCCAGCAACCCGCAGCCCCUGAAGCUGCGGCGCGUCCUGAACCUCAGCCCCUUCACCGUCACCGACCACACGCCCAUGGAGACGGUGGUGGACAUCUUCCGAAAGCUGGGCCUCCGCCAGUGUCUGGUCACCCGGAGCGGGCGUCUCCUGGGCAUCAUCACCAAGAAGGAUGUCCUGCGGCACAUGGCUCAAAUGAUGAACCAGGAUCCAGAGUCCAUUAUGUUCAACUAAAACGAGGCCGGCGGUGUAAAUAGGAGAAACUGGUGCGAUGCUACUGUCCCGCAACCUGUGAACAGCCCCUCCCGCCUCCUGACAGGCAAGUCCCCACCCUGUAAAGACCUUUAACAUUUCAAACAUCAGUUAUUUGCACGCCGGAAAGAAGAGAAAAUGAGUCGAGAGCCGGUCGGCGAUCAGAGCUUCUUUUUCUUUUCUGUCGUCUUCUGAAAGCACGUUGCCAACAAAGCUGAGAGUUUAGCACGUUUCACGUUGGGGGUGCCAAACUGAGCAGCAGUCAGAAAUAACCCGCUGUGGUCAGCGGAGAAUCACGGGGCCGCUGCCCCGACAGGCCAGAAAAAUGAACUCUACUGAUCCGACAGUGAAGAAGAGCAUGUGAGGAGGAGUGUGCAGAGCGACGAUUGUUAUUAGCUGCAUCGUAGCAAGAAAACAGAUUGAAGUUAUGUUGACAAAGUCUGAACCCCCCCCCCCAGCCCAGAGCUCACAAACUCAGAUUAAAGGUAGAAACGUCCCGCGGAGCAGAGCUCUGUGAUCGUCGUCAUGGUCUGUGGCGGCUCGCAGGACGCUGGAAGAAGUCCAGAGUGUUGGUGACGAAAUGCCCCCAAGAAACGGGACCCCACCCGUGAGACCGAGCAGAAGUUGAAGCUGUCUGAAACACUGAUUUCAUUUCAAGUCGGACAGUUUGUCUGUGCUGACCGUUGCUUUUGGGUUUGUGUUGCUGCCAUAUUGAUCUGCCGCCGCUCAGCUGCUCUCUGUAUCAGCCGCCGCUCGCCUGUGAAUGCGAUCGUGUUAAAAUGUGUGUGAACGGCGAGCUUACGGGUUCACUGCAGGUCAGCUUCGUCUGUCUCUGGACUGCCAGCGGCGCCGCGACAGACCACGCGGUCAGUUCUUCCUCCGUCAGUCACGUUCAGUCUCUGCAUGUCUCGCCCCCGCGGUGGUGAAGUGUCUCCAGUCAGCUGGACGUGUUUUCAGUCCGCUUCUUGUAGGUUUCUUCACUGUCGUCGCUGGGAGGCACGUGCACACCUGUACCUUUCUGCAGGUGCUGCGUCACAAUACGCUGAAAGUUGAUCUGCAGUGUUGGUUUUGUCUUCACUCAAAGUCGAGGCGAAAAUACUGACAGAUGAUCUGCGACUGGCGCCUUAAAAGGUUUCUCUCACGAUUGUCAGUUUUCAUGCGAGGCAGCAAAACCGGCUUCAGAACACGGACUGAAGCAGACCGAGGAGACUUCCUGUACGAUAAGCUGCCGUCACGCUGCAGCUCGCCAAACGUCAGUCGGCAGCUGCAGGAUCGAAGCGAGGGACAGAAGAGGCUCGUGUUUCCCCGCCGGUUUGGAAAAUGAUCCAGUUCACAAACCUGAUGAUUUAAAAAUGUCAAGAUUGCACAAAAAGGUCGUCGUUAUUUAUUUAGUUUUUGUUCCGCGGUCGUUUCCUGUGUCGUGCUUUGUGUUGUCGAGAAAAAUAAGCUGCGUGGGUCAGAGCUGCUAACAGUUGAGCCAAACUGGAAACUUUGAGAGAAUGAAGUUGAGUGACACGUUAUAAACACGCUUCACGUUGAGGAAGCGAUGAUCGACCUUCUGUUUUAAACGCCACGAGAAUGAACUGUGUUGUACAUACUGAAGAUUCAUUGUGAGCAUUUUUUAAUUUAAUUUUGUCUGAAACACACUAAUGUCGAGCCCUGUUUUUUUUAAUCGUUGCCUCUAAAUAUUUAUCAGACGCAUUAAUCGUACAGAAAACAGACAUUUGCACUUUUUUGUUCAUGAAGUGAUGAAGAAUAAACGUUUCAGGUGGUGAAUAAACGCUGCUGGUUUGCUUCUUUGUUCACGUGAGUUCAUGUUGUGCUGUUGUUGUUCACAUGGACGCAUUUCAUGAGCGAACACUGGAAAUUACAGUGAAAACAAUCUUGUCGUUCAAUCCCAAUCUUUAUUGACAGUCAACAGUAUGAACAGGAAGUCAGGAAGAUUGGUUUCAGGGUGUUUUUAAUGUGUUUGUUCUAAAAAAACAGAUUUUAAUAGAAAACAGUCAAAGACGGCAAGAGAUGAAAAAGAAGCAUUUCAUUUUUAAAAGAUGUGAAAUAUUCAGAUGUGCACACAAAAUCAACAAUACAUUUGUUGUCAAUCAAAGUCAGUGAUUAAAACACACAUCUGAUCCUUCUCAACGCUGUCUGACUUCCUGUCUGUGGCUCUCUAAGCUCAUUGGUUGGCUGCAGUGUGUGUGUGUGUGUGU